AAAUAUACAUCACCUUUUUUUUUUUACCACUUUGCUGAAGAGUCUUAUGACAACUCCAAGUACAGUUCGGCGUUCUUCUCGUAAUAUUAACAAAUCCAAAGAAGAACAAGAAAAAAAACAUGUUAGUCAGCAGCCAAAAAGGAAGAAUAUCCAACAAGGAAAUGCUGCUGCUUCGCCCAUCCCGAAGAGAGCUAAGCAAGCUUCACAACCUGCAACUUCUACCCAAAAAAAAACAAGUCGUCAUUUAAAAAACUUGAAAGCAGUUCCUCUUGAUUUUCUAGCAACAGAUUCUGAUCGAGAAACUAUGUCUACUUUACUCUUUAACUGUGUCCUUCAAGCCGGCGCAUCUGGAAGUCCGGAGAAAGGAACUCCCAAGUCUUCUAUAAAGUCUACCGCUCACACCAAAUUAAUUUCCGACUGGUUCAAAGAAUACGAGGAUCACGAUGUGGUCGGAAUGCGAAUCUUAAUCCAUUUUAUUCUUCUUUCCAGCGGCUGUCCCUAUCAGAUCUCUCUUCAGCGGUUUGUGGACAGCGAGGCUCAGACUGUACUCGCAAAUCUGCUCCAAGUUUUAAUAGAGGAUCGCGCCGUUGAGGGAUCGUACCCUCUCCAGCGCUCCCACUCCAGCAAGAAAGAGGACAAGCCCUACAGGCGCUUCUCUGAGAGGCUCUCUGAUUUUCUCGGGAAAAUCGUCUGUAAGGCCCACACAAAGGAACUGCUAUUUGACGACCACUUCCUGUGCGCCCUCGUGGGAUGGGUUACUGCCAUGAGCCGCUCGCCUGCACGAGGAUUUCGCCACACUGCUGUCUUCCUCGCCUGCAAGCUGCUCACUGUGCUUAUCCAGAUCCACGAGGAUGUCACCGCAAAACUUGACAUGAACGCUUUGCAAAUCAAAACGCAUAAUGAUAAAAGGGGUCCCGCUAAGCAAUUGCAGCAGCUUCAGAAAACCAGCAAAAGACAUGCACAGGAACUAUCUGAGCUGGAGACCACUGUUGACGAUCUCUUCAAGAAAGUCUAUGCCAAUCGCUUUAGAGACGUGUGCCCCGACAUACGAGAGAUAUGUGCUGUAGAGCUGGGAGUCUGGGAGCGGAAAAUGGCCGGUCGGUUCCUGUCCGACAGCUACACUAUGUACCACGGUUGGGCCCUCCAUGACAAAGAGCCGCGUGUUCGAUGGAGAACCGUCCAAGCGUUGGCGAGGGUCUACCAGGACGCGAAGCUGUACAGCUCAUUGAAGAACUUCACGCUGAGAUAUAAGGAACGGCUGCUUGAGAUGCUGCGGGACGUUUCCCCGGACGUGCGCAGGGAAGUUGCAAGCAUACUGAAGCCUCUGCGGUGUCACGAAGCACUGAGCGAGGAAGACCUCGAUCUCGUGUACGCCGGUUUUCUGCAAACGAAGUGCAGUCCAGACAGCGCCCUGUCCGCCUUUGUGUGCUCAGAAUAUAUCGAGACGGCGGUCCUCCGCAACAAUGAAGAAACGAGCGAAGCUCGUGACACUCUGUAUGUACGGGCUCUUGUCCGGUUUUAUCUGGCCUACGGGAAUGGCACCGCGGAGCACAUGGUCCACAAUUUCUGGGGAAAAGUAGCGCAGCUCCAGGAUUGGAGGCUGCUAGCAGAGCUGCUCCAUACCGGUGGCGGUUUGGACGAUGCUGAGGCGGCCGCCCUCGUCCACAUAUUGGCAUGCGCCAUCCGCCAAGGGUGCAGCAGGAUGCCACGUGCCGACGCUGCCUCCGUUGACAUCGCGAAGCGGAAGUGUAGUGAGCAUGUUCUUCCGAAGCUGCCCGACCUGCUAAACCGGUUUUCCACGGUGCCCUCAGCUGUCUCUGCGCUCGCGGAUGUCGUGCAGUGUCUGGACCUGCUGCAUCCCCAUGAAACUCUGCCUUUUGAAAAAUUAUUGGCCGCCUUGGAAAAAGUCUGCCACCAACUGAUUGAGGCCAAGGUUCUGCUAAAGUGCUUGAGUGCUCUGCUGUACUGCGCUGGGACGCACGAGCCUACCUCCUCGGCGGCUCAAGCCCCAACUGGCGCUGCCACGCAGAGGCUGAGCGGCAUGGUGCAAGCACACGUUCGCAACCUAGUCACCACCACCGAAGUGAGGCUCGCCGCUCUUUCUGCUGAGCUUACACGAAGCACUGAAGAGACUGGCGCGUUGCAGAAAGACCUUUCCAUCUUGCUGCUGCGGCUCAACGAAGUGGCCAUGUGCUUCAAUAUCGGUCAUCUCGUGACCUCCAAGUCCAGCACGAUGCACUUGCUCAGCUCUAUUUUAAGCAGCCCCGCGCGCUUCGACGAGGAGGUGGUUGGUCAUGCCCUGCGCAUCAGUCUGCUGAGCAUCUCAUGGGCCUGCACCCGCAUAGACAUCGCUAGCGUCACCGAAGACCAGCUCAACCCGCUCAGUGAGACGGCACAUGCUCUUUCGAAAGCCUGCGUCAAGCUGUUCGAGGCUGCCUCUCCUUUUCUACAGCUUAAAGCGUUCUUUGUAUGGAGUGAUCUAUUAGUGCUCUGCUCGAAGCAACUUUCCUUCACGAGCUUGGAGUCGUUGUCCGUGAAGGCCACCGACGAGGAACUGAACUUGUACUGCAAUGUGCUCGACAACAUACUCGACGAUACGCGAAGCGACAAUCCGGUCACCCACCACAUGCUCAGAGCGCUGCCAGAGACACAUGACAAUCUUUUUUCGCUGACCAAUAAGGACUCAUUUGACCCCUAUCAAUUGGACGACUCCCAUUUGCGCGUUUACAUCGGGACUUCCUGCCUCAUCUCAUUUUUCAAGUUGGUCCUUUCGAACGUCGUCGACGUCCGCUACUGUCACGGUUACUUGCACCUGCUGGCCAAUGAGCACUACGGAAAAGUCGUGCGCCACUUCAUGAAGAUGAUCCGCAUGCAUGCACCUCCCGACGUGCUAGCCCACCUCAUCGUCGAGAAUCUCUGCACCCUGUUUGAGGGCUACCUGGAAAGCGGCGACGCUCACGAGUUUGAGGAGGUCAAAGAAACGGGGUUGAUGUUUGUGCGGUCAUUUGGGGUCGAUACGUACGAGGAGACGUUCAGGAGGCGUUUGCUUAAAAUUCACGAGCUAGGAAUUAAGAGAGCAUUCGCGUCGGAGCUCAAGUUCCUUCGCAUCCUUCAGUUUAUGUCUUCGCGGUUGAUCCCGCAGGACGCUUCCUUGGUUUACAAGUUUGUGGAGGAUCUAGCGAAAGAAGCGGUGUUAGACGAGAAAAGCUCUCGUUUAGUGGAGGAGUUUAUGAACAACCUUCUUCGCAUUUCUGCAAAAAGCACUGACGGAGCUGAGGUCGAUGGCGUAAAGUCUGCAAAGUCUCGUUUCAACGCUAUUGAAAAAGGCCAAUUAGCAAACCCCAUCUCCGAAGCGUACUAGCGUUUAAUCCUAAGUAACUUUUUUAAAGGAUUGGCUUCAAAAUGAUAAAGUACUAAAGACUCUAAUUUUAA